AGCAAACUUGAUGAUUACCAAGAACGAAUGAACAAGGGAGAACGUCUGAAUCAAGAUCAACUGGAUGCGGUGUCAAAAUACCAGGAAGUGACAAAUAAUCUGGAAUUUGCUAAAGAACUGCAGAGGAGUUUUAUGGCUCUGAGCCAGGACAUCCAGAAAACAAUAAAGAAGACGGCCCGCAGGGAGCAGCUGAUGCGAGAAGAAGCUGAGCAGAAGCGUUUAAAGACUGUACUAGAGUUGCAGUUUAUUUUGGACAAGUUGGGUGAUGAUGAAGUGCGCAAUGACUUGAAACAAGGAUCAAAUGGAGUACCAGUACUGACAGAGGAGGAACUGACAAUGCUGGAUGAGUUCUACAAGCUAGUUUACCCUGAACGAGACAUGAACAUGAGGUUGAGUGAGCAGUAUGAGCACGCAUCUGUUCACCUGUGGGACUUACUGGAAGGGAAGGAAAAAACAGUUUGUGGAACAACCUAUAAAGCACUAAAGGAGGUGGUUGAACGAAUUCUUCAAACUAGUUACUUUGACAGCACCCACAACCAUCAGAAUGGGUUAUGUGAGGAAGAAGAGGCACCACCUGCACCUGCAGUAGAAGACAGUGUAGCAGAAGCUG